UCCCACUCGAAAUUAAAACGGCUAAUUUGUUGAGACAAGGCAAUAAAUGUAAUUUCGUCAUCGCAUUUUGGCAUAGCCGAUGAAACAAGCAGAUCAACUGCGGCCAUGGACGCUCCGCUUCAGAGCCAGAGCAAAGCGAUUCAAUUUCAUUUUCGAUUUCAAUUAUUCCAAAAUCUUGCCUAUUUGCAAACUCAGGUUCAAGCUCCGCCGCUAUACAUUCGAGUUCGAAUCUAAACCCCAAUCUGCAUUUUCGCUUAAACGAAAAUUUCCAGAUCUCAAAUUCCUUCGGAUGUUCAACUGUUUUCGCCGCAAGCGAUCCCGUUCCAAGAUCUGGCUAGAUCGAGAGAAUUGUUGGUUUGGGAGAAGAAAAUUUGGAGUUUGGUUUUGGUUUUGGUUUCUGCUUUUCGCGGUGGUGAGCUGUUUCCUCAUUUUGCUGCUGCGAUCUUAUAUCCGUACAAGAUUUUUGUGGAAUUUUGUUUGGGUGAUUUGGAAUUAUGCUGAUUUCUUGCACCAACUUUUCAAGCAACACUCUCGCAGUUAUAACCUGAGACUGAGAGUAAGCUCCCGGUGCAGUGAGUCAAGUACAAAUAAAGCAAGCAGUAAGAGAAAUAGCAAUUGGAGUUUCAUCCUGCCACCUGAAUUUCCAUCCCUCACACCAGAUCUAGUAUGACGAAAAGAGGCACACCUUCAAGAACUCAACCAAUCCCGGGUGCAGCUGAGCAAUCUAUUGCAUUUGCAUUUAGAAUUCCUGGAGUAGUUGUACAUUAUUGUAAGCAGUGGCGUGCAUUAUGAUUUUUGGUUAAGCUAGAUCAGUCGGUUUAAUCAAGUAUUAUUCCUUUGUGCAAUAUUUGACUGCUUGUGUACAUGGGUGAAUGGGUUUCGUGUAAUAUUCCUUUGUGCAUUAUUU